AUGGCUCCAGGGGGCAAGGACCAGUUUCUGGAUGCUUCCGACAGCGAAGAUGACCAUGGCGACGCGCACGACUCCGACGCCGAGUUGACAAAGGGCGGACGCCACGCCAAGCGACGCCGGGUCGACAGCGGCAGCGAAAACGACGGCGACAGCGACGGCGACAACGACGGCGACAACGACGGCAACAACAUCAGCAACAGCAUCAGCAACAGCAUCAGCAACAGCAACAGCAACAGCAUCAGCAACAGCAUCAGCAACAGCAUCGGCAACAGCAUCAGCAUCGGCAAAGAGGCCGCCGCCGCCGGGCAACCAGCCGCACCCACCCCCCGCGCCCGCAAACCCCCCCUCGCCGAGAAAGCCCUCGCCGCCUCCGAAGCCGCCGUCAGGAAAUCCGGCGUCGUCUACAUGUCCCGCAUCCCGCCCGGCAUGAAGCCGUCCGCCCUGCGCUCGCUCCUCUCGCCCUACGGCUCGCUCGGCCGCGUCUUCCUGGCGCCCGAGGACGCCGCCGCGCGCGCGCGCCGCCGCCGCGCCGGCGGCAACAAGCGCCUCCUCUUCACCGAGGGCUGGGUCGAGUUCGCCCGCAAGCGCGAGGCCAAGGCGGCGUGCGAGCUGCUCAACGGGCGCGGCAUGGGCGGCAAGAAGGGCUCCUUCUUCCGCGACGACCUGUGGAACCUGGUCUACCUGCGGGGCUUCAAGUGGCACAACCUGACGGAGCAGAUUGCCGCGGAGAACGCGGAGCGGACGAGCCGCAUGCGGGCCGAGAUCGGCAAGGCCGCGCGGGAGAACGGGGAGUUUGUGCGCAACGUGGAGCGGGCCAAGGCGCUGGGCGGGAUGGCGGCCAAGAGGGCGAGCAAGCGCAAGGCGGCGGGUGACGACGACGACGACGGCGACGACGGCGACGAGCCGGGGCCGGGGCCGGGGACGACGGUUGAGGAGGAGCGUCGGGCGCGGUCGUUCAGGCAGGUGCGCGGGGUGAAGAAGGACGUGGGCACGGAGGAGCAGCCGGCUGAUGUGGCGCGAGUGCUGAGCAAGAUUUUCUAG